CUGAGAGGCUGUCUGGCCAAAUGUGCUCUCAUGCUGGGAAGUGACCAUUUUAAAGCUACUUUGUUUUCAAGCCGCUUCUGAAGAAGGCACAAGAUAAGCACCACCAGCUGAGAAUAACAACUCCUCCGGGCUGCCGCCAGCUCCGUACACUUCAUUACUACGGCUACUCUGUCACCGACUGUCCUAAUGGAGCGGGUACAGCACAUUACACGCUCAGCGAUCCGAAGAGCGUCGAACAUCGAGGUGACCCCGCAGACCAAGCGCAACCUGCGGGAGCUUUUCGUGAAUUUUUCCCUCAUCCUUGUCUGUCUCCUGCUCAUAUACAUCAUCCUCCUGCUCUUGUGACGGCCACAGAUCUAAGCAGGGAACGUGUAGGGCUACUCUGGCUGGGACAAGGGCAGUACAAUGGGAAUUUUAUUUCCAUGUCAUGUUUUUAAAGGUAUCACUGACUUUUAUAAACUCGGUGUGAAGUUAAGUAUAGCAUAUGUUUUACAUUUCUUGCUUUUUUCCACCAUUCAUUUGUGUUCUGCAUUCAAGAGCAUACACUGUAGGGAAGAUCUUAUUUAGCAUAUUCAAAAAAAGAAGCUUGUACUCUGCAUUGUGUUGAGGUCGGUCAGAAGUGUUUCAUCACAGUAAAUUAAGAUAUGAUAUAAUAGGAUUUGUCAGAACUGAUAUUACAGCAGAACUACACUG